AUGAAGAAAAAAGAAGUCAGAGAAGUCUCUUCCAACGUGAGCAAAGCCCUCGCUCAUUUAGGUAGUACGGUAAGCUUUUUGAGAUCAUUUUGUUACUAACAUCUUUCUUAUUAGAACUCUCCAUUAGAUGAUUCAUCGAACGAUUUGGUAGAGAAGUGUAGCCUGAUUCUGGAUGAGCUGCGGACCAUCAGUAUCCUUGCAUCUGCGCAAACCGAAGAGUGUAGCCAUCAUAUAGAGGUUAUUACAAGAAAAGUUCUUAUCAUUUCAUAAGUUGAAGGCUAUCGGAAAAGAUCUGAAAGAGCUCAAAAGUCUUUUGGAUAGUUUGGAUGGCUUGGCGAUUUAUGUAGCGCAGGUUUUUUUAGUUCUCACGGUCUUCCAAUUAGAUUUUUUUAUUCAGAAAAAAGAGCAAUUGGCCAAACUCGAAAAGCUUUGCGAUCUGGUGGAAGCUGCCAAAAGGUGAUGUAAAUAUUUUGGAAUUUUGCUGAUAAAUUGUAAAUAAAUCACGUCGUGUUGUGUUUUUCUCUGUUCAUAGCCGUUUUUUGCGUGCCCUAUUUGUACAGUUUGAAAAAGGGAGGUCGACAGCAAGAAGAUUCCAGAAAAUAA